UACUACGCGACUGGCAUUCGGCUGUUCGUCUAUCCGAUCCGUUUGCCACAUAUUUCAUGUUUUUCGUAAAAGUGCGCUGUAUUUCAUAUUAUUAGAUAAUCAUUAAUACAUAUAUAUAUAAUAUUAUUAUAAUCCGUCGUCUGAAUAUUUUUUGUUUCGAAUUCGUGAACGUAUAUAUUUUCUCCGACUCGACUGCGGACAAUGGAUAUAUCGUCAGACGUUUGGGGGCAGUUAGCAUUAGAGGCUUCUCAGGUGUAUAUCGAUGACGGUACAGGAGGACCCGCCAAGAGCCCGUAUGCCGGAACGACGAUCGAAAAACUGCCGGAUAAAGUUUUGUUGAACAUAUUUUCGUACCUGAACCACAAAGAGAUAUGUAGUAUGUCUAGAGUGUGUAGAAAGUGGCGCACAAUUGCGUACAACACGUCCCUGUGGUAUAGCGUAUCCCUAAGACCGGAAAUAUCGGGACUCCACGUCACGUCGCUGGACUUCCUGCUAUCUCUUAUCAGUGUGAGAUUCGGCUCUUCGCUGCGUUAUAUCGAGCUGCCCAUCGAGCUCAUAACGCACACAGUCUUACAUGAACUGGCCAAUAGAUGUCCAAAUCUCACUCAUAUGUUACUCGACUUCUCGACCGCCAUGCAACUACACGAUUUCAGCGAGCUCCAAGCAUUCCCCACCAAGUUGAAAUACCUCUGCGUGUGCUUAUCGGAAGUUAUCUUCAUGGAAGGGUUCAUGAGAAAGAUCUACAACUUCAUAAACGGACUGGAAAUACUGCAUUUGAUAGGUACUUAUGAAAAAGUUGAAGAGGAAGAGGAAGAGAUUUAUGAGGUUAUAAACGUUCACAAACUUAAAUCGGCGACGCCGAACUUAAGAGUCAUAAACUUGUACGGGAUAAACUUCAUCGACGACAGUCACAUUGACGCGUUCAGCUCCAAUUGUAUACAACUCGAGUGUCUAGCCGUGAACUAUUGCUCCAAGGUCACGGGGUCCACUAUGAAAACGUUAUUUCAGAGAAGUAAAAGGCUCAGGUGUCUUUUAAUGAAUCAAACGAAUCUCAUUAGUGAGUAUGUUAUGCAAGUAGAAUGGGAAAAAUCUUCGAUCCAAGAAUUAGAUAUAUCCGGGACCGAUCUCUCUACCGAAUGCCUAAUCGACAUGUUAGUUAGGAUACCGAAUUUGAAGUUUCUGAGCGCAGGCCAGUUAAACGGAUUCAACGACACUGUGUUGAGUACGUUUAUGGAACAGGGCAACGUCAGGAACCUGAUUGCGCUCAACUUGGACUAUUCGGACAAUUUGUCGGACGAAGGACUUUAUAAAUUUUUGUCCCGAUAUGGACAUCAGCUACAGGGGCUUUCGUUGGCUGGCAUGCCACAUAUUACCGAUCAACUGUGGAACACGGUCCUGCCGGUACUCAAUAAUAUCAUAAUUAUGGUUAUGGGCACUCAAGAGAGACUAUCUGGUAACGUACUAGUAGAUCAACUUAUGGAUGGUAUAGCUACAAACUGUCCGAGACUAGAAAGGCUCGAAUUAAAAUGGGAUCCGGAUAAUUUAAGGUUUUCGGAUAAAAGCCAAAAAGCCAUUGAUAUUUUUCGAGUGAAAUGUUUGAAACUCAAAUGUUUGGUUUUAAGCGAUGGAAGAUAUUACGAAAUAGUGAAAGCAAACUUUGAAAGAGCAGAUAGACUAACAGUGGUUAGGACCACUACAUGUUGUAGUGUUUCAAAUUAUUACCUACUACAGAAUUACAAAGAUUUAAUAUUUAAUUAAUUCCAGAUCAUUUAUAAUUUAUAAAAUCAACUAAAUAAUU